AUGGUUAUGAAGCGAUUCUCGCCUACUUCUGCGAUUUGCUUUUUCUCUGUGCUAGCAAUGGAGCAAGACCCGGGCUUUAUCGCGGCAGUGGAGGAAGCGCGACAGGGCGCCGCAGAGGGAGGAGUGCCCAUCGGAGCAUGCCUCGUGUCCAAGGAUGGUAAGAUCCUGGGCCGUGGACACAAUAUGCGUGUUCAGAAAGGGAGUGCAACUUUGCAUCUAAAUCAUGGGAUCAUAAUAUUCCAGGCAGAAAUCUCCGCUCUGGAAAAUUCUGGCCGCCUGCCGGCUUCUGCCUACGAGGGCGCAACAAUGUACACGACCCUGUCGCCCUGUGACAUGUGCACUGGCGCCUGCCUUCUCUACAAAAUAAAGCGGGUCGUCAUUGGGGAGAAUAAGAACUUUGUUGGAGGUGAACAGCACCUGAAGAACCGGGGUGUCGAAGUGGUGGUCUUGGAGAAUGAAGAGUGCAAGCAAAUGAUGGAGAAAUUCAUUCGCGAGCAGCCGGCUUUAUGGAAUGAGGAUAUCGGCGUUUGA